AAGCAGUAAACCCUGAUCCAUUCCGCUCUUUCCUCCCUCGUGUUUUUCUAUCUGAAAAUGGCAGCACGAGUUACAGUGCCAAGAAUCAAGAUGGGAUCGCAAGGUCUCGAAGUUUCAGCGCAAGGGCUGGGCUGCAUGGGCAUGUCAGCCUUCUACGGCCCACCAAAGCCGGAGCCCGACAUGAUCAAACUCAUUCACUAUGCUAUUAGCAGAGGCAUCACCCAUCUUGAUACCUCUGAUGCUUAUGGACCCCACACCAACGAAAUCCUCAUCGGCAAGGCCUUGAAGGAAGGAAAGAGAGAGACAGUGCAGCUAGCAACCAAAUUUGCAUUCACUUAUGAGGGUGGGCAGUUUGGUAUACGUGGUGAUCCAGACUAUGUGAGAGCUGCAUGUGAAGGCAGCUUGAAGCGGCUUGGUUUGGAUUGCAUUGAUCUCUAUUAUCAGCAUCGCAUUGAUACAAAUGUGCCCAUUGAAGCCACGGUAGGAGAACUUAAGAAAUUGGUUGAAGAGGGUAAAAUAAAGUAUAUAGGUCUGUCUGAGGCCUCAGCUUCAACAAUUCGAAGAGCACAUGCUGUUCAUCCAAUAACAGCUGUACAGUUGGAGUGGUCAUUGUGGACCAGAGAUGUCGAGGAAGAGAUUAUUCCCACUUGCAGAGAGCUUGGAAUAGGGAUUGUUGCAUACAGUCCACUUGGAAGAGGAUUCUUCUCUUCAGGUCCAAAGCUGGUUGAGAAUUUGACUGACGAUGACUACCGAAAGUAUAUGCCAAGGUUUCAAGCAGAGAAUUUGGAGCACAACAAGAACUUGUACGAGCGGGUCAAUGCUAUUGCUUCAAGGAAGGGUUGUACUCCAUCACAGCUAGCGUUGGCCUGGGUCCAUCACCAAGGCAAUGAUGUUUGCCCCAUACCUGGCACUACCAAGAUUGAGAACCUCGAUCAGAAUAUAGGAGCUUUGUGUGUAAAACUGUCUGCAGAGGAAAUGGCAGAACUUGAAUCUAUUGCUUCAUCUAUCAAGGGUGAGAGAUAUGCGUCUGACGCUGGCACUUGGAAAACUUCUGAAACUCCACCUUUGUCAACCUGGAAGUGCACAUGAAGAAGAGCAAGUUCACUUUGAUAUUAAGUGGACUUACUGUUCUGGUUUUGGCUUGGAAGAGCACAUGAAGUGCAAGUUUGGUUUGGUACUUCGUUGGAAGACCACAAAGUGCACAAGUUUGGUUUGAUACUUUGUGGACUUUUGAAUAAUCAUCAGGUACAACAUGUUAUGUCCUGAGUUCCGGAGCAAUCAUGAGGUACAACAGUAUUAUGUCCUGGUUUCUGAAUGUAAUAAAAUCCUAGCGCGUAGAGUUGGCACAAAUUAACUUUUGUGCAAAAUUGCUUAUUAGGUUUCGGCUGUGCAGCUAUUUGAACUUAUCGGGGAUGAUUUCACCAUAGAGAUGUAAUGCAGUUGUAUUUUGAACAUAUAAUUUAAUUUGACGUUUGUAUGUUGAUUUCCUAUUUUCUACUUUUA